CUCCUGUCCAUAUCGCACCAACAUCUCGCCGCUCUCCUCUGACCAAAAACAGCAUACAUCAUCCCUAAACCCUCAUUCACAGCGCCGCAAUGGACCCCCCUUCCAAACUCCGCGAGACCUUCGCCUCCAAGCCCGUGUCCGCCCACAACGACGCCUGGGAUUCUCUCUACGCCCAGUCCUUCCACCCCUGGGACCGCGCAGGCCCGUCUCUGGCCCUCGCCGACCUGCUCGCCCAGCGCACCGACCUGAUCCCGCCGUCUCUCGAGCGCGACCCCCGCGGCAACCCGCUCCGCGACUCCGCCGGCGCUGUCAUCCGAAGAUCGGCCCUGAUCCCCGGCUGCGGCCUCGGCCACGACGUGCUGCUGCUGAGCUCGCUCGGCUACGACGUCGUCGGCCUGGACUACAGCCGCCGCGCGCAGGAGCUCGCCCUUGAGAACCAGCAAAAGGCCGCCGCCGAAGGCAAAUACAAGUCUGUCGAGGAGGGCGUCGACUGCGGUCGCGUGACGUGGGUGUCUGGCGACUUCUUUGGCGACGCCUGGGAGGGCGGCAAGGGCCAGUUUGACCUGAUAUACGACUACACGUUCCUCUGCGCUCUCCAGCCCUCAGAGCGUCCCAGGUGGGCAAAGCGCAUGGCCCAGCUCCUUGCCCCCGGCGGCCAGCUCAUCUGCCUCGAAUUUCCCUCCGGAAAGCCCCUCUCGCUGCAGGGCCCGCCCUGGGGCGUCUGGCCCGAAGUCUACGAAGCCCUCCUCGCUCAUCCCGGAGAGCCCAUCGAAUACACCGACGACGGCAAUGUCAAGCCUAGCGCCGCUCCCGGACAGCCUCACCCGGAUGCGCUGCACCGCGUGUGUCUCGUCAAGCCGCCGAGGACGCACAAGGCGGGCACAAAUGAGGAUGGGAGCGUCAGGGACUUCAUCUCCGUGUGGUCUCGGUAGUAACGAUACUGCUGGUGUUGACGUUGAAGCGUGCUCUGCCCCAGGAGGGUGACGAGAGCUCCGUAUAUAUAUGUAGGUAAGACGAGCAGUAAGAUUGAAGCUGGCCCCCAUAAGCUCCCUUCUUCUUUAGAAGGGGAAAAGAGAGGACAAACACGCUCUCCUGAUAGACCUGUGAAAUAACAUGAAUACGCAAAUAAAAACUCCCAAGAUGUUGUCAUGAUGUUCAGUCCGCCGUCGUAGUCGUCGCUGCCGUCGCCGUCGCCCUUCUCAGGGAGUUGUAAUGCUCUCCCAGCCCAUAUCCAUGCCGAUAGUAUGCCAGCCACAGCGUCUUUGCUUCCUCUCCCUCUCCCUCUCCCUCUCCAAUCCUCUCUGUCCUCCCGUCCUGUAUCACUCUAAUCUCGACCCCGUACUGCCUCGCCACGGCCAUCAGCUCCAGCUGCCCGCCCCAUUCCGCCGUGUCCCUCAUCUUCUUCGCAUAGCCCUCCAGAUCCUCCUCCAAAAACGGCGCAAAGUCGUCUGCGUGCGCCUCCAUAAACCCGGCCGCUUUCCUCCGCACCGUCCGAUAUGCCGGCUCCUUGUCGUCGUCGCCAUCAAGCGGGAUGCCGUUGUGCGCAAGCUGGUCCGCCAGCGCCGCGAACAAGCAGUGGCCGUCUGGCUGGAUAUCCUUUUCGCUGAGCCCGUGAGCCGUAAACUCGCCCUUCAUGUAUGUGCUCUCGCGCGCCCGGUGGUCUGUCAUGCUGGACGCUUCUUGCUCGGCGUGGAGCAUCGCUGCCUCUUGCUCGGCCGCACGCCGCGCCAGCCGCUCCUUUUGUCGGUUUCGCUUCUUGCCAGGCUGUGGGC